GAGGCUGCCGGUUUCGUAACCGUCGCUCCUCCUCGCCGUCUCGCGGGCUGCGAGGCCUGGGUCGGGUCGGGCCGCGCCGCGCGGGGCCGCUCAGAGUGGAGGCCGCCUGGGGGCGGACGGGCCGGCCGGAGGUGCAGGUACAUGUGAAGAUUUUUUGGCAGUUGAGUGUGGCCUCUGCUGAUCACAUUGCUUUGGUUUCUGCCUGUUCUGUGUUGGCAAAGGAACACGCCCAAAUGAGCAAGCUGUCGCAGCCAGCCACUACUCCAGGAGUGAACGGAAUAAGUGUCAUUCAUACUCAGGCACAUGCCAGUGGCUUACAGCAGGUUCCUCAGCUGGUGCCCGCUGGGCCUGGGGGAGGAGGUAAAGCUGUGCCUCCAAGCAAGCAAAGCAAAAAGAGCUCACCCAUGGAUCGAAAUAGUGAUGAAUAUCGCCAGCGCAGAGAGCGGAACAAUAUGGCCGUGAAGAAGAGCCGGUUAAAAAGCAAGCAGAAAGCUCAAGAUACACUGCAAAGAGUGAACCAGCUCAAAGAAGAGAAUGAACGGUUGGAAGCCAAAAUUAAGUUGCUGACAAAGGAAUUAAGUGUACUGAAAGAUUUGUUUCUGGAGCAUGCACACAACCUCGCUGACAACGUGCAGCCCAUCAGCACUGAAACUACGACGACAAAUUCUGAUGACACAGGGCAGUAGAUCUCCUUCCAGGCACCACAGCUUUGUGGCUUGAACAUGAGAGGUGUGACCAUCCUGUACUGCCUGGUUCCAUGGCUGAGCUUGGUCUUGUUCCAUUGGAGGUUAUUUUCUAGGCUCAGCACUGAACAGUUGAUUAGCCAUGUAAUUUAUCUGGUCUUAAAUGAUAAUGGAUUUUUGAAGAACUAAAAGAAGACUUAGGGUUUAUGGUUAAAAUUCCUGGACCUUAAUAUUCUUAAUAAAUCCUGACUUCCCC